UUAAUCACCUCUGGUUUUUUUUUGUUUUUUGGGUUUAUUUACAAACCAAAAACUACUGAAAAUUUUGAAAAAAAAAGUUUUUUCUUAAUUUGUUAUAAAAUUUUGUAAAUGAGUAAUUUUUCGCCUUCACUGAUGUGCACUAAUGAGGCUUCAGUGAUGGGCACUGAUAGGCUGCACUGAUGGGCACUGAUAGGCGGCACUGAUGGACACUGAUGAGGAGGCACUGGUAGGUGGCACUGAUGGGCAUUGAUAGGCAU